AUGGGUGGCGAUCUCAACCUGAAGAAGAGUUUCCACCCUUCCCUCAUCAAGAACCAGGCCAAGGUCUGGGAGGAGGAACGGAAGGCCCUCGAUGAGCGCAAGAAGACGCAGCAGAGAAUCAACGAGCUAAAGGAGGAGCGCGAGCGCGAAGAGCUCCAAAAGAAGCUUGAGGCCGCCGGGCACACCAAACGAGUCGAUCGCGUCGAGUUUCUCUACAGCGGCCCUACCGAUGGACAGACCGGCACGACGGAGGAGCGUGAGAGCUACCUCCUUGGCAAGCGCCGCAUCGACAACCUGCUGAAAGGCACGGAGCACAAGAACCUGGAGAAGCAGGCUGGCCAGGAGAGUUUCAUGGCAUUGCAGACGGCCAACACAGCAAGGGACACAGCAGCCAAGGUCCGGGAAGACCCCCUGCUCGCCAUCAAGAGACAAGAGCAAGCUGCCUACGAGGCGAUGAUGAAUGACCCCAUCAAGCGUCGACAACUGCUGGCGUCUAUGGGUAUGGCGGAUGACAAGUCAAAGUCAAGGUCCAAGGACAAGGAAGAGAGGCACAAGAGGAGGCAUCAUCACAGACAUCGCGACGGCGACGACGAUAGAGACAGGCACCGGAAGAGGCGGCGGUCAUACUCCAGGUCCAGAAGUCCGCGCCGUCGGAGGGACGACCCUGAAGAUGGAGACCGCCACGAGAGACAGCGGCGUCGCAGCGACUCCGAGAACAGACAUAGCCACCGCCGCAGACGGGUUUCGAGAUCGAGGUCGCCACGCAGACGCGAUUCUGGCGACAAGGACGACUAUGACAGACGAGACCGUCGCGACCGCCGGGAGGACCGCGAACGACAACGGCCUGCGUCGGUUUCCGACGAAGAUCGCGCCAUUAGAAGACGAGAGAGGUCACCCCGACGCAACGACAGGCGAGACGAUCGAAACGGAGACGCGUCAAGGUCUCGGGGUCCCAGAAACUACGACAAUCGGCGGCAAGACCGAGACAGACAACCCGAUGGCCGUGCCAACGGUGGUAAAGAGGCGGAUGAUCAGGCUGCAGACGAGGAAAGGGCACGGAAGCUGGCGGCUAUGCAGGCUGCAGCUUCUGAUCUGGACACCGACCGAGUACGCCGUUUGGCGGCGCUGGAGGAACGAGAGAAGGCCGCGCGGGAAGCCGACAACCAAGCACGAGAGCGGUCGUCCAAGUACGGCGACAGAGAGUUCGUCAACGGUCUCCAUCGCCAGGCCGGCAACAUGAGCUUGGGCGAGAGGAUGGGGCGGGGCAGGCAAGGCUUACAGAAGGACGACGACUGA